AUGGAGGACCCAUGCACCUUCGAGCAUGAGCUACUAAGCUUUACCAACGACAAAGUAGUCCUCAUCGCAGGACAGGAGAGACAACAGUUCCAUGUGCAUCGCGAUAUCCUGGAGCAGCACUCCUGGUAUUUCUAUCACGCGCUCAACGGCGAGUGGGGGGAGUCGAAGAAUAAGGAGAUCAUGAUCGAGAACGCUGAGGCACAUAUUGUGCAUCGCUACCUGCACUUCCUCUUCACAGGUAGGAUCGCUUCAAAAGUUGCCUAUUUCCCAGCAGACAUCACGACAGGUGUACAUGAGGACGGUGAUGCCAGCUUCGGUAGCAUGGGCAUCCCAAACCCGCCAAGCGACGAAAAUGUGUUGCCAGGUCUCUACAACGGACUAUCACCCCCUGCCAACGACACAUGCCAGAUCCUGGAGUACUUCACGCUCGAGAAUUUCACAAAAGAGGACACCGUCCAAGACCCGACCCCUGACGACAUCGCUACCACCGAGUACCAAGUGCUGGCGGAAAUGUACUGCUUCGGCGAAUUCGUGCAGGACGAACGAAUCCAGGACGCAGUCAUCGACGCUAUCAUGGCUCGUGUCAAGCAAGGGGGUGCAGAUUACCACUACUAUCCCACGACCCCAAUCAUCAACACAAUCUACGAAGGCACGCCGGCCGACUCCCCAGCACGCAGGCUGAUGGUGCAUAUCUACAGCACACAAGGGAUCAGCGAGUGGGUGGCGGACGACAUCAACCCCGAGUUCUUGCUUGAGCUUACGAGGCAGUUCUGUGGUUUGAAUAGGGAGCAUCAGUCGUAUGUCAGGUUGUUUGCGAAGGAAGAUAGCUGUGAGUUCCACCAGCAUGCUGCGGGCGAGAGAUGCAGGAUUGAGUCUCGAGUGGAGAGGAAGAGGAAGAGGAAAAACAGUGAGAGCGUGGACGAUUCGGACGACUCGGACUAG